AAGAACGAAACAAUCAAGUCAAACAAAUAAAAUAACACAAAUAAACAAAUCAAAUAACCACAGCCUUUCCAUCAUUCCAGGAGAGGGCACUGAGGAGGACGAGGACGAAGAAGGGGGCGGGGAGGAGAAGAAUAAUGAAUCAGGUCACCAUCACCACCACCACCACCAACACCACCAGACACUACAGCAGGACGAGGAGGAGGAGGAGAAGCAGAAGGAGCAGGAGGAGGAGGAAGCACAGCACGAGGGAGGCUUAGAGGAGCUUCAGCAGAUGGACCAGGAGGAGUCAGGACCGAGGAUAAUUUGGGGUCAGAGGGCCGAUACGGAUCCUGAUAUGGUGUACUUCGACCACGACAACCCAACGAACCUCACUGUGCUCGUGGGUCACCGUGCUAACCUGCCCUGUCGCGUCCUCAACCUCAACAACAACAAUAAGAAGAAUGUGAGUGAGGCUCAGCAGGUGUCGUGGAUCAGACAGCGGGACCUACACAUCCUCACCGUGGGCAUCUACACCUACACCGCCGACGACAGGUUCAAGGUGGUGCACGCGACGGAGAAUGACGAGUGGACGCUGGAGAUCAACCCGGUGGCCUUCAGGGACGCGGGGGUAUACGAGUGUCAGGUGUCGAGCAGUCCCAAGAUCUCCCUGCCUAUCAGCCUCAGUGUGGAAGCACAGAAGGCGCGGAUCGAGGGCCCGGCGGAGGUGUACAUCAAGAACGGCUCGACCAUCCGCCUCACCUGCCGCAUCAACACGCACUACGACAACGUGGGCGCCGUCAUCUGGUUCCGGGACACCCACAGACUCGACUACGACUCCCCCAGAGGCGGGGUGAGCAUUGAAAUCGAGAAGACGCCCACGCACACAACCUCCAAGCUCUUCAUCACGCCGGCGCUGCGAGGCGACUCCGGCAACUACACGUGCGGGCCGCAAUGUGCCGCGCCCGCCUCCGUCCUGGUGCUGGUGGUGAACGGGGAAGAGUCAGCCGCUGUGCACAAGGCGGGGUCAGCAGCGCCGCGACCUGACCCUCGCGUGCUGUGGUGCUGCCUGAUGCUGAUGCUGAUGCUGAUGAUGAUGCUGAGUGUGCCGCAGCAGCAAGAGAACGCCCGGUGACCCCCCCCUGCGGUACACCAGUUUGAGCACAGGUAGAAUGAGAUGAAGAAGAAGAAGAAGAAGAAGAAGAAGAAGAAGAAGAAGAAGAAGAAGAAGAAGAAGAAGAAGAAGAAGAAGAAGAAGAAGAAGAAGAAGAAGAAGAAGAAGAAGACGAACGAAAAACCGACUUUGUCCUACAUAUUUUUCCUUCCUUCCUUUAGUCACUCCUCCUCCUCCUCCUUCUUCUGUUCCUCCUCUUCCUCCUCCUCUUCCUCAUCUACUUAAUCAAGCCGUCACCAGGGGAACGAUGAGCAAAACAAGGCCAUCCUCCUCCUCCUCCUCCUCCUUCUCCUACUCCUCCUGCUCCCCCUCCUCCUCUCCAUUAUUGUCACCACCACCUCCACCACAUUCGGGAUCUCCACCACCUCCUCCACCAGCAUCUUGGACUCCACGAAGAUUCUCCACCACCACCACCACCACCACCACCGCCGUCAACACCACUGCAGUUAUUCUUAAGAUGUAUUUUCGCCUUCAUCCUACUCACUACACACACACACACACACACACACACACACACGUACACACACCAUGAGCUUUGAGUUAUGAUAUCUUGCUCCUCCUCCUCCUCCUACUCCUACUCCUCAUUUUCUUUGCACUUCUUCUCUUUAAUUCUUCCAACAUCUCUUGCUAUAGUUUCUCCUCAUCCUUCUCCUCUUCUUCUACUUCAAUUUCUUCUUCUUCUUCUUCUUCUUCUUCUUCUUCUUCUUCUUCUUCUUCUUCUUCUUCUUCUUCUUCUUCUUCUUCUUUCUCCUACUACUACUACUACUGCUAUUUCUCCUCCUCCUUUUCCUCUUCCAUAUGCUACAACGACAAACACACACACGCACAAACACACGCAAAAAACAAAACAAUAGAACCCGAAAACAAUUUAUCUCCCGUAACAAAAGAAAGCUCUCCCCAACGCACAUCUUCCUUCCUCUUCCCUUCCUUCCUUCCUCUCUCUCCUCCUUCCCUCCUCCCCCUCUUUUUCUCUCUCUCUCAUCCAUCACCCACACCCACACCUGUCAAGCCUAAAUCUGUUCCUCACACCUGUCUCACACCACACACACCUGUCAACCCCCUUCCCCCCCUUCCCCCUCCACCCACCCCUCCACCUGCCCACCUCCUCCUCCUCACCUUGCUCCGCCACCUUUAAUUAAAUUCUCCAUUACGUGAGUCUCAUUUUUAAUUAACGUUCUGUAAUUUUUUUUAGUGAGUGUGUGCGAAUAUGAGAUUGUUUUUGUUUUGUUUAGUUUUUUCUUUGUCAUUUUUAUUCUUUUGGACAGGUUUAUCAUCAGGUGUGUGUGUGUGUGUGUGUGUGUGUGUGUGUUAUACGUGGAUAUAUAUACUUAUAUGGGUUGAUUUAUGUUUUUUUGUUUGUUUGUUUGUUGUUUUGUUCUGAGAUUUUCUUUGUAUUUGUUUUUGUUUUCUGAUGUUUUAUUUUUAGUCAAAGUCUUAUGAUGAUAAAUCUUAACUUAUCUCUCUUUCUUUCUUUCUUUCUUUCUUUCUUUCUUUCUUUCUUUGCUUACUUCAUCCUUUCUUUCUUUUCUCUCUUUUUUUCAUUGUUUCUUUCUUUAAUCUCUCUUUUUUUUCUCUUUGUCCUUCCUUCCAUCCUUUUUUCAGUCUCUCUCUCUCUCUCUCUCUCUCUCUCUCUCUCUCUCUCUCUCUCUCUCUCUCUCUCUCUCUCUCUCUCUCUCUCUCUCUCUCUCUCUCUCUCUCUCUCCUUCCUCCUUCUUCUUUAGUCUCGGUUCUCAAUUAGUUUUCUUCCCUCUCGAGUUGUCGGCAAGCUGUUUUCUCGUCGGCGUAUAUUUUGACGCGCCACGUCGAGUCAAGAAACAUAUCAUUGCAAAAUAUUACCGUGAAAACAGUUUGCAGAGAGCGAGUUAAGUGGCCUGAUUCAUGUGGGAAUGUAUAAUGUAUAACCUGAGGGAGCGGACACACACACACACACACACACACACACACACACACACACACACACACACACACACACACACACACACAAGACGCCUCUCCACCCGAAAUUGACUGAUCACUCUUAUGGUCACUCAUUUAUACUUUCUUUUUUUUAUCCCAAUUUGUUUUUGCCCUUGAGAUGUUACACACCCACACCACCUUCCCCAAACACGAACAUACAAGCACUUCUUUCUCUCUUGUUUUCCUCUCUUUUCAAUCC